AUGACUCUUCAGGAAUGGACCAGCGUUCUCCAGGACACGAUUGAGGAGCAUGGCAUAGAGGACACCUGGAGCAUUGAAUUUGAUGACGCCAUUGUUCCUGAUCACCCAGCGGGAGGUUGGCAGCAGUACAUCAGUGGGACAUUUGCAAGGUAGGCUCUUUGAAUAAAGUGUAAAUAGACGGAAUUCGGAACUUAGAAAUGUGUUUACAAAUGUACAUUAAACCUGAUUAAAUGUUCAAUUACUGUCUUCAAAUGGAUAGGGACUUGAUAGAUUAAAUUCAGAAUUAAGACAUUAAAUGAACUUUAUGUACUUUGACUAACUUUUUAUACUGAAAUUAGGUAUUUACAUAUCACUUAUUUCUCCCUGCAGGUUCAUGUGCUCAAAGUGUAACAGUGCCUGGCCUUCGAAGAGAGUUCUGGUGGUGUUUCACAUGCGCCUGUUGGCAGUGGAGAAAAAGGGGAUGGUUAAAGUGAAACGCUUCAGACAGAAGUGCAAGAAGUGUGUACCGAGCCAAAUGGAGGAGCCUCAAUUCAAGGCAGAGAACAUCAAGGUGCUGCUGGAGAAGCUUGUCGAGAAGAUCCUCGUCAAGUGCUACGAUAAGGACCCAGGCGAGAAGAAUAGCUCAUUCCAUUUUGAUGGGAGGAUUGAUGGACCCCAUGAGGCUGCCCAUUGUGAAGCCUGCCAACAUGGCAUCUGCAGACAGGUGACCACAAAAUAAACCAUAGAAGGAAAAAGCUAGAAAAAUCUGGGAAAUGUUUAAUUCCUAAAUGUAUAUGAGUUCAAGGAAUUACUUCUCAACAGAUGUACAAAUCAUAUCCCAUGUCAAGUGAGGACAUCAUCUUUAUGGUGCAGAGACAACUGGCAACAACUCCAGCUUGGCGAAUACAAUGCAAAUUCAUAAAAGCAAGGCAACAUUGCUUUAGAAACCCAUUUGCAUCAAUUACAAAUAUUUCUGGGACUUUACACAGAUCUUAGUCUGCAAAAUGUGACAAAAUGUUUAUAAUAUUCAGUGUGUGUGUGUGUGUGUGUGUGUGUGUCUGUGUGUGUGUGUGUGUGUGUGUGUGUGUGUGUGUGUGUGUGUGUGUGUGUGUGUGUGUGUGUGUGUGUGUGUGUGUGUGUGUGUGUGUGUGUGUGUGUGUGUGUGUGUGUGUGUGUGUGUGUGUGUGUGUGCUUCCCUUUCCAUAUGGUUUCAGCAGGGAUGAAAACUUUAAUGAUCUAUAACUUUCUAAGUAAAAUGUCCUGACCUGCUUUAAACUGCAUUAAAAAUCUAAUUUCACUGUUGUGGAGUUACUUUAUCAGAAAAACACAUGGAAACAUAAAUUGGGCCAAGUCCCACCCGGUUCCGAGACCCGGUACCUAUGAUCCAAAUGAGAGCCAGGCGGAGCUGAGAUCCGGUACAUUUCGUUAGCCUAUUUGAAUUAUGUAAUAAAAAAAAUGGUUGUCCACGUUUAAUUUUCCACAGCCAACAUCACGAGUGGAAGUGGGAAAAAAGGUGCUUGUGGUUGUGUGAUAAGCAGUACUUAUAACAGUACUAUAAGAAAACAUGAACAGGAUGUAGUCCUACAAGAAGCAGAUCCCUCCCUAACCUAAGUACAGGGGGUCCCUAAUGUAAACUGGAUCUCUUUCAUCCAUUGGAAAAGCCUAUAAGACUGUCCCAUUUUAGCGACUCCAUGCUGUGGUUGGUAAAGCGGGACAACCAAAAAUGACUGAUUUUUCAACAUUUUAACAUAAUAUUGGCAACUUUUUUAAGUCUUAUAGGCUUUUCCAAUGGAGGAAAGACACGUAAUCAAUAGUGUUUUUUAACCGUGGGUUCGAGCCCACCUUGCAUCAAGCUUUUUUGUUGAGGAAAUAAAAUAAUUCAAUUUCGGUCCUUGAUGCUCGAUUCAAAACACAUGUGACGAAGUGGAUUAUUAUAAUAAUGCAUAAACUAGCAAACAUUGUAGUCCUGCAUGUAAGUGUAGCCUACAUAAAAAUAUACUAAUGACAGCCAAGUGUCUUCCUACAUUGACUGUCGAUUCAAGCUGAGGAGAAUUUUUGUAAUAAUAAUUAGGGGUGUAACGAUCCAUCUACUACAUCGAUGUAUCGAUUUAUAUUCCUAUGAUCCAACUACAUCGAUCUGUGCUCGGCGAGUUGGCCUUUUGGACAACAUAUAUCGAUCUAACAUCGUUUUAAAAUGUAAUAAAUGGAUUGUAUCUAUACUAGGAAAUAACCCAUUGGAUUUAAGCACGUCAGACUUUAUAUGGAUGUUUUUUCUUAGCACUUUUAAUGAUAAAGGCUUUAAACAUUACUCGAUUCAGUCUGCCUAUCCGUGACGUCAUCGCGCCAGCAGCAGCGCAAAGGCGCCAAGACAACAAAACAUAGCAUGGCGGACGACAGAGGAGAAGCCGACGAGCGAGAAAUUAUCAAGCCACCAUUGCGGUCCUUACAAGAAACAGGAAUCUAGGAAACUUCACCUGCAUUGUCCAGUAUCCAGGUAUUUAUUUCAGUCACACUGGUUGAACUUUGGGCUAAAAGGUUACUGAAUCGAUUUCAAGUCACUGAAUCGUUUCGGAUCGUAUCGUUCUAAAUGAACCAAUAUCGUCCUUGAAUCGUAUCGACAACCACGAAUCGUGAUACAAAUCGAAUCGUUGUUAAAACGAAUCGUUACACCCCUAAUAAUAAUGUAUUAUUUUUUAAGUUUUUGCUCUAUCUGAUUGGGUGGGCCUGGCAGGGCCUGGCUCCCCAGUGGGUGGGCCCUAGACCACACAGUCCCACCCAUGCCUACCAGAGGAGGCUGGUGGGAGAAGCCAUAGGAGGACAGGCUCAUUGUAAUGGCUGGAAUUAAAUUAAUGGAAUGGAGUCAAACAUGUGGUUUCCAUAUGUUUGAUGUGUUAGAUACCAUUCCAUUAAUUCCAUUCUAGCCAUUACAAUGAGCCCAUCCUCCUAUAGCUCCUCCCACCAGCCUCCUCUGAUGCCUAUGCCCCUGGUACCUGUACCUAAUUUACUCCAAGUCAAGCACUACACACUAACACAAUACAUAUCUACAUUUCAAGGGCGGAAACCAGCUACAAUUUAGCUUUCUGUCACAUGCAAGUGUGGUGUCGAGAAAACUAUGCUGAGAUGCUGUGAGAACAAGAAUUCCGCUGACACUGUACUUUGAUUAUAAAGGUUUAUUUAUAUCAAAGGAUUCCAGCGUCAAUUUACAGAUAUCUGCCGAUAUCUGGAGAAUAACCGGCUCCAAUCUGUAAUUUGUUAUUCUCCCCGUCCUCUGUUUUAACCGUGGUAUAUAUCCUAUGCCCUAUGUAACAUAAUAUGGGUGUUUUCCCCUACAGACCAAUCCCAGGACUCCACCUAAUAGACUUCCUCGGCUUUAGGGUGCCCCUAUAGAACUACUCUCCAGAUGCUCCCUUUAAGCUGAGUCAACAUCCUCUAAAACCAUUUGCAACCAUUAGCAAAGUCAUAAAUUCCUUAGAUACCACACAAGUAAAUCAACCCUUUUCAUUGGCUGAUAGGCAUUUUGUGCGUGAGAACUCAUUUAACUUUAAAUGCUUGCUUAGGUUCGGAAUUAUGGCUCCACAGAUGCUGUCAUAAAGAGAUAACGGUGGCGAUUGAAGUUUGAUCACUAGGGCUGGCAUCCUGCCUGCACCAAAACAAAUGACAGAUAGCGCAUAAUGUUUUUGUAACAGGUGCUGUACUGCGCCGCUGUAGCUCUGCGUUGUGUGUAAUUGAUUGAGACUAAAGAAGUGGAUUUUGGAGAUCAGGUUGUUUUACAUUUACGUCAUUUAGCAGACGCUCUUAUCCAGAGCGACUUACAGUUAGGGCAUACAUUAUUAUUUUUAAUACCCCAUGGGAAUCAAACCCUCAACCCUGGCGUUGCAAACACCAUGCUCUACCAACUGAGCUACCUCCCUGCCAGCCAUUCCCUUCCCUACCCUGGACAAAUUGUACACCGCCCCAUUGGUCUCCCAGCUACAGCUACAGCAGAGCCUGGAUUCGAACCAGGAUAUCUAGUGUCACAGCUAGCACUGCGAUGCAGUGCCUUAGACCACUGCGCCACUCGGGAGACUUUUAAUGUAUCAGAGUUCUUUCUCCUGCAUCCGAAAUAAAAAAUGAAACAUUUGUAGAGCAUAAAUAUGUUCUGCCAAUCGUGCCUCUCUCAUCCACUUAUGAGUAAACUCUAAAUAUACAACAUUAUUCAUGAACAAAUCACUGUGUGCCAAGACUUUGUACUUAAAGGAAUCUAACUUUUCUUAAGACGACAGAAAUAGCGUGCCUACCUCUCCAAGCGCAUCAAAAUGAUUUGAGCCCGAGCACGCAGGGCAAAGUACACACUCCCCUAUUCCCCAGGAUUCAGACAUGCAUAAUAACACAUCAACAUGCUAUGUUAAUAUAUGAACCUGGUGAAAUUCGCAAAGUAUUUUAACAACUGUUACAUUCCGUUAACUGUAUGUUUCUUAGAGCUUGGUGAGAGCGUGGUUGUCCUAUGGUUAUUUAGCAUACAACCUUCCCACAACAUUCUGGGAAUGGUGCAGGAUACCCAGCUAGCACAUAAUGUUCUGAGAACCAUAAGUUUCUUAGGUGGGAAUUUCAGUACUUCAGCAUAAUGUUUUCUGCAGGUUUCCCCAUGGUUCUAUUUAAAGUCAUGUUCUCAGAACGUUUUGAGAACAUUAAGAAACAACGUUCUUCUGUGGGAAUUUAAGUACUUCAGCAUACCGUUUUCUGCAGGUUUCCUCAUGGUUAUAUUUAAAGUCAUGUUCUCAGAACAUUAAGAAAACUUUCCAUAAAAACCACAAGAAAACGUUAGUAAUAUUCAAAGAACGUUCUAAGAAAGUUAUUUAAAAACAUAUACAUUCUGUUCUCAGCAUCAAAAAACUCUAGCCUCUAUCUUGUUAAGUGUGUUCAGGUAAUAAUAAUAAUAUGCCAUUUAGCAGACGCUUUUAUCCAAAGCAACUUACAGUAAUGCAUGCAUAUUUUUUUUUUGCGUAUGGGUGGUCCCAGGGAUCGAACCCACUACCUUGGCGUUACAAGCGCCGUGCUCUACCAGCUGAGCUACAGAGGACCACAGGGUGUGUUGGCUGCGCCCACUAAUUGUCCAUACUUGAUCUUAAUGAGUGCUUGUUUCCUUUGAAAUGGAGUCUGUUUGAAUAGACUAAAAUGCUUUGUAUGAGUAAAAAAAAUAUGCAAUACUAGCUCCAUCCUGGUGGCGCAUUGGACUAAUUCCAUGGAUAAAAAACAGAAUAUCAUAGGUUUGAAUUUCAGUGAGGCUGUGCCACAAGAAAAAAAAAAAUGUGUUUGCAUGAUUAAUGCCUAAACAAAUAAACAUUUAUGUGCCCUAUCUGUGCUUGGAGUUCAAAACAGUUAAUUUCUGUUCUCAGAACCUUUAAAACCUCCCUGGGAACCAUAGUAAAACGUCCUCAGAACCUCCCUGUAAUAAAAAAAUUAAGGAUCCCAGAACAGGAAAGAAUUUCACUUCUGUUCUCAGAACGUUUAAAGAACGUUCAGUUUUACCGGUCAGGAAACGUAUGGCUUUGUUCCCAGAACCAAUGGGAAACAAAAAAAAAAAACGUUUCCACAACUUCCAAGGAAACAAAUGUGCUAGCUGGGCCAGGACUAUCAGUUGAAAUAGAAACCUAACAGCACUUAAGUUUCACUUUCCCCAUAGCAUUUCUGUUGAAGGCAGUUGUAAGAAAGUGCUAAUUGCAUGACUGCCAGGUCAUCCUUAGCUACAGUAUAAGUGGGUGUGAAGAAGAAGCAUAACAAGAACAAGUCAACGCUUUUGGCUACUACUUCACCAAAAGAGCAAUGACUAACCAAGGAUGGAUUAGUAUUUUUCAGUCAAAGGUCAAGCAACUGAAGAUGAAUAAGAGAGACAGCUGGCGUAUCGAGUUUGAUGAUUCCAUUGAGGCAAACAGCCUGGAAUCAGGCUGGCAUCAGUACAUCAGUGGGGCAUUUGCAAGGUAGGAGUCCUUUGAUAUUCUUGCAACGUGUGUUACUGUUGGGGUGCUAACAUAGACAACCAAAAACAACAGGUAAUUGUGUGUAUCUGAUAAAUCAAAUACAUUUGACUGAUAGUUGACAUUAAAGUUUGAAUUUAAAGGGUAAAUGCUGUAUUUUUUUUAAAUAUAUACAGUGGGGAAAAAAAGUAUUUAGUCAGCCACCAAUUGUGCAAGUUCUCCCACUUAAAAAGAUGAGAGAGGCCUGUAAUUUUCAUCAUAGGUACACGUCAACUAUGACAGACAAAAUGAGAAAAAAAAAUCCAGAAAAUCACAUUGUAGGAUUUUUAAUGAAUUUAUUUGCAAAUUAUGGUGGAAAAUAAGUAUUUGGUCAAUAACAAAAGUUUCUCAAUACUUUGUUAUAUACCCUUUGUUGGCAAUGACACAGGUCAAAUGUUUUCUGUAAGUCUUCAGAAGGUUUUCACACACUGUUGCUGGUAUUUUGGCCCAUUCCUCCAUUCAGAUCUCCUCUAGAGCAGUGAUGUUUUGGGGCUGUCGCUGGGCAACACGGAAUUUCAACUACCUCCAAAGAUUUUCUAUGGGGUUGGGAUCUAGAGACUGGCUAGGCCACUCCAGGACCUUGAAAUGCUUCUUACGAAGCCACUCCUUUGUUGCCCGGGCGGUGUGUUUGGGAUCAUUGUCAUGCUGAAAGACCCAGCCACGUUUCAUCUUCAAUGCCCUUGCUGAUGGAAGGAGGUUUUCACUCAAAAUCUCACGAUACAUGGCCCCAUUCAUUCUUUCCUUUACACGGAUCAGUCGUCCUGGUCCCUUUGCAGAAAAACAGCCCCAAAGCAUGAUGUUUCCACCCCCAUGCUUCACAGUAGGUAUGGUGUUCUUUGGAUGCAACUCAGCAUUCUUUGUCCUCCAAACACGAAGAGUUGAGUUUUUACCAAAAAGUUCUAUUUUGGUUUCAUCUGACCAUAUGACAUUCUCCCAAUCCUCUUCUGGAUCAUCCAAAUGCACUCUAGCAAACUUCAGACGGGCCUGGACAUGUACUGGCUUAAGCAGGGGGACACGUCUGGCACUGCAGGAUUUGAGUCCCUGGCAGCGUAGUGUGUUACUGAUGGUAGGCUUUGUUACUUUGGUCCCAGCUCUCUGCAGGUCAUUCACUAGGUCCCCCCGUGUGGUUCUGGGAUUUUUGCUCACCGUUCUUGUGAUCAUUUUGACCCCACGGGGUGAGAUCUUGCGUGGAGCCCCAGAUCGAGGGAGAUUAUCAGUGGUCUUGUAUGUCUUCCAUUUCCUAAUAAUUGCUCCCACAGUUGAUUUCUUCAAACCAAGCUGCUUACCUAUUGCAGAUUCAGUCUUCCCAGCCUGGUGCAGGUCUACAAUUAUGUUUCUGGUGUCCUUUGACAGCUCUUUGGUCUUGGCCAUAGUGGAGUUUGGAGUGUGACUGUUUGAGGUUGUGGACAGGUGUCUUUUAUACUGAUAACAAGUUCAAACAGGUGCCAUUAAUACAGGUAACGAGUGGAUGACAGAGGAGCCUCUUAAAGAAGAAGUUACAGGUCUUUGAGAGCCAGAAAUCUUGCUUGUUUGUAGGUGACCAAAUACUUAUUUUCCACCAUGAUUUGCAAAUAUAUUCAUAAACAAUCCUAAAUUGUGAUUUUCUGGAAAAAAAAUUCUCAUUUUGUCUGUCAUAGUUGACGUGUACCUAUGAUGAAAAUUACAGGCCUCUCUCAUCUUUUUAAGUGGGAGAACUUGCACAAUUGGUGGCUGACUAAAUACUUUUUUCCCCCACUGUAUAUAUAUAGUAGAUAGAUAUGUUUAUACUGUAUACUGAACAAAAACGUAAACGCAACAUGUAACAAUUUCAACGAUUUUACUGAGUUACAGUUCAUAGAAGGAAAUCAGUCUAUUGAAAUAAAUUCAUUAAGCCCUAAUCUAUGGAUUUCACAUGACUGGGCAGGGGUGCAGCCAAAUGAGUUUUUCCCCACAGACAGAAAUACUCCUCAGCACCCACCUUAGACGAUCCGGCAGGUGAAGAAGCAGGAUGUUGAGGUCCUGGGCUGACGUGGUUGCAUAUGGUCUGCGGUUGUGAGGCCGGUUGGACGUACUGCCAAAUUCUCUAAAACGAUGUUGGAGGGGGCUUAUGAUAAAGAAAUUAACAUUCAAUUCUCUGGCAACAGCUCUCGUGGACAUUCCUGCAGUCACCAUGCCAAUUGCACGCUCCCUCAAAACUUGAGACAUCUGUGGCAUUGUGUUGUGUGACAAAACCGCACAUUUUAAAGUGGCCUUUUAUUGUCCCCAGCACAAGGUGCACCUGUGUAAUGAUCAUGCUGUUUAAUCAGCUUCUUGAUAUGCCACACCUGUCAGGUGGAUGGAUUAUCUUGGCAAAGGAAAAAUGUUCACUAACAGGGAUGUAAACAAAUUAGUGCACAACAUUUGAGAUAAAUAAGCUUCUUGUGCGUAUGGAAAAAUUUUGGGAUCUUUUAUUUCAGCUCAUGAAACAUGGGACCAACACUUUACAUGUUGCAUUUAUAUUUUUGUUCAAUAUAUUUAUCUAGAUUUCAUGUAGCCCUCUCAAAAAGUAUGUUUGAAUGCAAUUCUUUGUAAUUCUAAUAAUAAGGUUUUAUUUGGUAAACACAGACUGUGCCUGGUGUAGAAUUACAAAGAAUAUUUCCGCAAGGUACAACACAAGUUGAGUACAACACAACAGCACCGUAGUGGAUUUUAACAAUUGCCCUGCUAAGAACUGCUUGUGUCUGAAACCCACUUUCCCUAUUUCUCCAAGAACUGCUUGUGUCUGAAACCCACUUUCCCUAUUUCUCCAAGAACUGCUUGUGUCUGAAACCCACUUUCCUUAUUUCUCCAAUUUCCACAUCAAGGUUCAGGUGCUCCAAGUGUAACAGAAGUUGGUCCUCUGGCCGGGUGCAAGUGGUGUUUCACAUGCGUCUAUCGUCAGGGCAGGGAAUGGUUAAAGUGCGACGCUUACGUCAGGAAUGCAGGCAGUGUGAUGAGGCUCUUAUGGAGGAGGCCAGUUUCGAUGAGGAGAAACUUGAAGUCCUACUGGAGAAACUGAUGGAGAAGAUUCGUAUCAAGUGCUACCACGAGAACCUGGGAAAGAAAAACAGACAUCAUUUUGAUGAUGAAGAUGAUGAAGGUCCCCCCCAUGAGAGUGCCCAUUGCGAAGCCUGCAGUAUGGGCCUUUGUUCGAAGACCAGCACAAAGCGUUUCAAAGCCUGGUAGAAUAUGGUAGAAUUAGCCUGCUACACGCCUAAUACUCUUUACAGUGUGUGUACAAACAAAGCUUUAUUACUGUCAUUGACUUAUUCUGCUGGUACACCAACAAUACUGUUGGGUCUGUAUUUUCUGUUUUGGGAUUUUCUGUGUUACUCUACAGUGUGUCUAUUUGUAAUUGUAAUCCAGUGUAAUGAAGGUAAAACAAGUUUUAUUGCACAAGAUAUUUGUUAAUGAUGGGGUGUGGUAGUAGGCGUGAACUACUACAAGAAUAAUGUUCUCUCAAUGUGCAAGAUACAGCAUGUCACUCUUUUCUGUUCUUUGCUUUCUUUUCACCCAUUACAUGGAUGUUUUUCACCCAAUAACCAAAAUAAAAUAACUAAUAAGUAAAUAAAACUCUGUCAUGGAAAAGCUUUUGAUGAAUUCCGAGCCAUUUCUUUGUUAAUUCAAGAGGGAUGUGUCCAAACGCCACAUAUCCUUUUCCACUUUCAUGAUGAUGACAUAACCUUUAUGGUAUGAGUGAAAACCUCCUUCCAUCAGCAAGGGCAUUGAAGAUGAAAAGUGGCUGGGUCUUUCAGCAUGACAAUGAUCCCAAACACACCGCCCGGGCAACGAAGGAGUGGCUUCGUAAGAAGCAUUUCAAGGUCCUGGAGUGGCCUAGCCAGUCUCCAGAUCUCAACCCCAUAGAAAAUCUUUGGAGGGAGUUGAAAGUCCGUGUUGCCCAGCGACAGCCCCAAAACAUCACUGCUCUAUAGGAGAUCUGCAUGGAGGAAUGGGCCAAAAUACCAGCAACAGUGUGUGAAAACCUUGUGAAGACUUACAGAAAAUGUUUGACCUGUGUCAUUGCCAACAAAGGGUAUAUAACAAAGUAUUGAGAAACUUUUGUUAUUGACCAAAUACUUAUUUUCCACCAUACUUUGCAAAUAAAUUCAUAAAAAAUCCUACAAUGUGAUUUUCUGGAUUUUUUUUCUCAUUUUGUCUGUCAUAGUUGACGUGUACCUAUGAUGAAAAUUACAGGCCUCUCUCAUCUUUUUAAGUGGGAGAACUUGCACAAUUGGUGGCUGACUAAAUACUUUUUUCCCCCACUGUAUAUAUAUAGUAGAUAGAUAUGUUUAUACUGUAUACUGAACAAAAACGUAAACGCAACAUGUAACAAUUUCAACGAUUUUACUGAGUUACAGUUCAUAGAAGGAAAUCAGUCUAUUGAAAUAAAUUCAUUAAGCCCUAAUCUAUGGAUUUCACAUGACUGGGCAGGGGUGCAGCCAAAUGAGUUUUUCCCCACAGACAGAAAUACUCCUCAGCACCCACCUUAGACGAUCCGGCAGGUGAAGAAGCAGGAUGUUGAGGUCCUGGGCUGACGUGGUUGCACAUGGUCUGCGGUUGUGAGGCCGGUUGGACGUACUGCCAAAUUCUCUAAAACGAUGUUGGAGGGGGCUUAUGAUAAAGAAAUUAACAUUCAAUUCUCUGGCAACAGCUCUCGUGGACAUUCCUGCAGUCACCAUGCCAAUUGCACGCUCCCUCAAAACUUGAGACAUCUGUGGCAUUGUGUUGUGUGACAAAACCGCACAUUUUAAAGUGGCCUUUUAUUGUCCCCAGCACAAGGUGCACCUGUGUAAUGAUCAUGCUGUUUAAUCAGCUUCUUGAUAUGCCACACCUGUCAGGUGGAUGGAUUAUCUUGGCAAAGGAAAAAUGUUCACUAACAGGGAUGUAAACAAAUUAGUGCACAACAUUUGAGAUAAAUAAGCUUCUUGUGCGUAUGGAAAAAUUUUGGGAUCUUUUAUUUCAGCUCAUGAAACAUGGGACCAACACUUUACAUGUUGCAUUUAUAUUUUUGUUCAAUAUAUUUAUCUAGAUUUCAUGUAGCCCUCUCAAAAAGUAUGUUUGAAUGCAAUUCUUUGUAAUUCUACACAAUGGUACAGACUGAAUUCUUUGCAAUUCUAAUAAUAAGGUUUUAUUUGGUAAACACAGACUGUGCCUGGUGUAGAAUUACAAAGAAUAGUUCCGCAAGGUACAACACAAGUUGAGUACAACACAACAGCACCGUAGUGGAUUUUAACAAUUGCCCUGCUAAGAACUGCUUGUGUCUGAAACCCACUUUCCCUAUUUCUCCAAGAACUGCUUGUGUCUGAAACCCACUUUCCCUAUUUCUCCAAGAACUGCUUGUGUCUGAAACCCACUUUCCCUAUUUCUCCAAGAACUGCUUGUGUCUGAAACCCACUUUCCUUAUUUCUCCAAUUUCCACAUCAAGGUUCAGGUGCUCCAAGUGUAACAGAAGUUGGUCCUCUGGCCGGGUGCAAGUGGUGUUUCACAUGCGUCUAUCGUCAGGGCAGGGAAUGGUUAAAGUGCGACGCUUACGUCAGGAAUGCAGGCAGUGUGAUGAGGCUCUUAUGGAGGAGGCCAGUUUCGAUGAGGAGAAACUUGAAGUCCUACUGGAGAAACUGAUGGAGAAGAUUCGUAUCAAGUGCUACCACGAGAACCUGGGAAAGAAAAACAGACAUCAUUUUGAUGAUGAAGAUGAUGAAGGUCCCCCCCAUGAGAGUGCCCAUUGCGAAGCCUGCAGUAUGGGCCUUUGUUCGAAGACCAGCACAAAGCGUUUCAAAGCCUGGUAG